AAAUAAAACUGGCGUUUCAAUCUCUACAACAUCAACAAUAUUUGAGGUGACAAUUAAGAAACAUAAAACAAACCUUGACAGUGCAAAAAUAUAUCUCAAGGUUCAGAAACAUUCUUGGACAAGUGAAAAAAAUGGAUGA